AUGUCGAGAUAUCUGCGACAAUCGAGCCAGCUCGCGCGGGUUGUGCGACUGUCAGCACAGCCUGCACUCCGAAUAUGUGCACGACCAUCUAUUCUCACCAGAUCGAUCCCCGCAACAAACUCGGCGGCAUUUGCGAUCCGGGCGAGGAGAGCGUACUCGUCUCAGCCCACCCCACCUGGCCAAGAACCGCGAUCGAAUAACGGCAAGGGCACCAACAAGAACGACAUCAACCCCUCAAACCAACAAAAUGCCCAGGCACCGAAGCCACCGCCUCUGCCCGAGGGCUGGAUUCACCUAGCGAAGGAGGAGAUUGCCCACCUCGAACAAUUUAUUGGCAGGAUCCCUGAGGCUCACCGACCCAUGGCGAAGAAUAUUCUGAGUAAACUUCAACAGACAGGAGCACCUCCUGAGACUCGAGACUUACUCACCAAGUUGCGCAAAGGGGAAGGAAGCCUCACAAUUCUGGACAAGGGAAGACUUAUGCGAUGUAUCUACAUGAUUACGGAGCGAAUGGUCGAGGUCGAGGAAUAUGAGGACCGGAACGGUUCCUUCUCGUCAUUCCGGAUGGAUGAUGAGUCCAAAGCCAAGGGUCAAGCCAAGGAACAGCAACAAGAAGGCGCUUCCAAGGAGGACGGAACCGACAAUGUCAAGUCGAAGGAAACCGACCCCAGCAAGCAAGGUGGUAAGCCGCCCAAGAGCGAGAGGAGUGGGUGGCUUGAGGCCAUUCAGACUGGUAUUGCCAUUGGUGUCACUGUAUGGAUUGCGGAGCUCAUCGCCAACCCUUUCUCGGAGAAGGAGAUUACUUGGCAGGAAAUGAGAAAGGCGUUCCUCGACAAGGGACUUGUGCAGAAACUGGUGGUUAUCAACGGAUCCCAGGUCCGAGUUGAGCUCCAUGCGUCGGCCUCCGGUACCGCCAGCGACUCCGGCCAGACCCCCAGGAAAACCUAUGUUUUCUCUAUUGGAUCCGUCGAGUCUUUCGAGAGGAAGUUGGAGGAGGCUCAAGACCAGCUUGGCAUACCCCCUUCAGAGAGAAUCCCCGUUAGCUACGAAUCUGGUGGUGGCACUUUCGGCAACCUUCUCCUCGCCUUUGGCCCGACACUCUUGUUUAUUGGACUGAUUCUCUGGACCCAGCGGUCCAUGGGCGGUCGCGGUGGCGCCAGUGGCGGCAUGUUCAACUUUGGCAAGAGCAAGGCCAAGAAGUUCAACGCCGAGAGUGCGGUGAAGGUCAAGUUCGCAGACGUGGCUGGCCUGGAGGAGGCAAAGAUGGAAAUCAUGGAGUUUGUCAGCUUCCUCAAGCAGCCCGAGAAGUUUGAGAAGCUGGGAGCCAAGAUUCCCCGAGGCGCAAUCCUUGCCGGCCCUCCUGGUACUGGUAAGACACUGCUUGCUAAGGCCACGGCCGGCGAGUCGGGCGUUCCCUUCUUCAGCGUGAGUGGUUCCGAGUUCGUGGAGAUGUUCGUGGGUGUUGGCCCUUCUCGAGUGCGAGACUUGUUCGCCGAGGGCCGAAAGAACGCACCCUGCAUCAUCUUCAUUGACGAAAUCGAUGCCAUCGGCCGAGCGCGUCAGGAGAGCGGAAAGGGAUUUGGCGGCAACGACGAGCGAGAAGCCACCCUCAACCAGAUUCUUACCGAGAUGGACGGAUUCAACACACGGGAACAGGUUGUCGUUUUGGCCGGUACCAACCGAGCGGAUAUGCUCGACAAGGCCUUGAUGCGACCUGGACGAUUUGACCGACACAUCUUCAUCGACCGACCCACGAUGAAGGGACGACAGGAGAUCUUCAAGGUUUACCUGAACAAAAUUGUGACCAACGAGGAUCACGAGUUCCUUGUCGGCCGACUUGCUACCUUGACCCCUGGUUUCUCUGGAGCCGACAUUGCCAAUGUCGUCAACGAGGCUGCACUCAUUGCUGCCCGAGGGAAUGCUGAUGAUGUCAAGAUGGAUCACUUUGAGCGAGCCAUCGAGCGAGUGAUUGGCGGCCUGGAGCGCAAGUCGUUGGUGCUAAAGCCUUUGGAGAAGAAGACGGUGGCGUACCACGAAGCUGGCCACGCCAUCUGCGGUUGGUUCUUGGAGCACGCGGAUCCCCUCCUGAAGGUGUCGAUUAUCCCGCGAGGCCAAGGCGCGCUUGGCUACGCCCAGUACCUGCCGCAGGACGCCUACUUGAUGAACACCAACCAGCUCAUGGACCGUAUGGCUAUGACGAUGGGAGGUCGUGUGUCCGAGGAGCUCCACUUCCCCACCGUGACGACAGGAGCCAGUGAUGACUUCAAGAAGGUUUCACAGAUGGCAAGGAACAUGGUGACCCAGUGGGGAAUGUCGGAGAAGGUGGGACCAAUACACUUUGAGAACGACCCGAACCGAAUGCAGAAGCCAUUUGCCGAGUCCACAGCUCAGAAAAUCGACCAGGAGGUGUCGCGAAUCGUCGAACAGGCUUACCAACGGUGCCGCGACCUCCUGACAGAGAAGAAGACGGAGGUGGGCGUGGUCGCGCAGGAGCUGCUCAAGAAGGAGGUGCUGACGCGAGACGACAUGGUCCGCAUGCUGGGCAAGCGACCGUUUGACGAUAACGAGGACUUUGAGAAGUAUUUCGGAGGAGGCAAGGAGCAGGGCGCGCCGCCCCCAUUCUCAGAGGAGACGGACACGCCCAAGGAGCCGCCGACGCCGGCCCCAGCGUUCAGAAGUAUGCAGGAGGAUGCGAGCCGACGGUAA